UGGGGAAGACCACAGCAGCCUGCUAAGUGAUGAUCUGCCCGCAUUCGUACAGUGAGCUGCUGCACUCCGCCGCUGAUGUAAAUCAGCCUCACGCGUGCCGCCGCUCUAAGCUUCGCACCCCCGCUCGUCUGCCUUGAGUCUUCUUGGGGAGCGUCUGUUUUAACUUUGUGCAACGCUGACUUUUUUCUUGCCGGAGUGGGGAGAUGAGAGGAGAGCCGUGGGACCGGCUCUGGUCGAGAUAAAAACCUGCAGCAGAUGUUUGAGGAAAAUUGCCUCUCUUGGUGAAACUGGAAAAAACAGAACACUUCUACUUUUUAACAAAUCGUCAAGGGCACAGAGGUUUGCCAGCCAGAUAAUGAGGACGAUUCAAAGCCACGCAGGGUGAGGUUUUUCAGACCAGAUGGACCUGUAACAACGGAGGAAAGAACAUUGAAACGAAGGAGACUGAACGGAGCCAUAAUGAACACCACCGAAAACCAUGGAUUGAUCCAAGGCGACCACAACAGGAGCCAGACCUUAGGCUCUUUGUCACUCAGCAACGACGUACCCGGAGAGGAGAAGGACUCUUCUGCCGGAUGCUACGAGCAGCUGCUGAUCUCCACAGAGGUUUUCCUCACGCUGGGCAUCGUGAGCCUGCUGGAGAACAUCCUGGUCGUCGCCGCCAUCGUCAAGAACAAGAACCUCCACUCGCCCAUGUACUUCUUCAUCUGCAGCCUCGCCGUCGCCGACAUGCUCGUCAGCGUCUCCAACGCCUCGGAGACCAUCGUCAUAGCGCUCAUCAACGGAGGCAGCCUGACCAUCCCGAUCACGCUCAUCAAAAGCAUGGACAACGUGUUCGACUCCAUGAUCUGCAGCUCCCUGCUGGCGUCCAUCUGCAGCCUGCUCGCCAUCGCCGUCGACCGCUACAUCACCAUCUUCUACGCGCUGAGGUACCACAACAUCGUGACCCUGCGGAGGACGGUGCUGGUCAUCAGCGGCAUCUGGACGUGCUGCAUCGUGUCCGGCAUCCUGUUCAUCAUCUACUCGGAGAGCACCACCGUGCUCAUAUGCCUCAUCACCAUGUUCUUCACCAUGCUGGUGCUCAUGGCCUCGCUCUACGUCCACAUGUUCCUGCUGGCGCGCCUGCACAUGAAGCGGAUCGCGGCGCUGCCGGGCAACGCGCCCAUCCAUCAGCGGGCCAACAUGAAGGGCGCCAUCACCCUCACCAUCCUCCUCGGGGUGUUCGUGGUGUGCUGGGCGCCCUUCUUCCUGCACCUCAUCCUCAUGAUCACCUGCCCCAGGAACCCCUACUGCACCUGCUUCAUGUCCCACUUCAACAUGUACCUCAUCCUCAUCAUGUGCAACUCCGUCAUCGACCCCAUCAUCUACGCCUUUCGCAGCCAGGAGAUGAGGAAAACCUUCAAAGAGAUUUUCUGCUGCUCGCACGCUCUCCUGUGCGUGUGAGUCGCCCGCAAAAGGGUCGGCGCGGCCGCAACUCUGACGCGCGCUGCCUGGCAAACGAACGACUUUUCAGCCAGCGGGGCUGCGAGCUGCGCUCCCCGCGGACUGAUGUGCGCUCUCGCGU